CACCAUGGCUGACCCCUUCAAUAACUAAUCAACUCAAUGACAUCAGAAGCCCAGACCCGCCGAAGCCGUCGGGCUUGUGAGCCAUGUCGUGGCAAGAAGUCAAAGUGCACUGGAGAGCGACCGAUUUGCUCAUUUUGUGAACGACUUAAACUUCCAUGCAAGUAUGCAGCAAGGGGAAGCUCAUCGCAGGUUAGAACUACCAAAGUCGAGAAAGUUCAGAAGAAAUCUACCAAAGACAGGAUCCAGAUGCUUGAAUCGCAAAUGUCAUCUCUAUCUGAGUUACUUAGUUCGCGAAAAGACAACGAAGCUGAGACUUCUGUAACUUCGCAGCCCCUUCCUUCAACGACAAGCCCGGAUGGGAGUGCCCUCUUAAGUGGGCAGGUUGUUCCGAAUGAGCGACAAACUGCCUCUUUCUCAGAAGCCCAGUACGACUCUUAUUAUGACUCAUCUGCCAUCAGUUUGACUAAUUCUGAUCUCAAACCUGACCCGCCACAAGAUGUACUGACUCACUUUGUACAGAGCUAUAGUAGGACAGUGCAUCUUCAACCUCUACCAUUGUUUGACCUCCCCACCCUAGGAAGGAGACUCGAUAAUGCCCCUCAGUACUUUCUGCAUAGCUUCCUAGCACUGAUGCUCGAAUUCACAACUCAUGAAUACUACCGGAACAAACACUCAGAAGCAUGCAGCUACUACAGCCGCUCGGCAGCUACUACCAUACAGCGACUUGCUGCUGAAGGAAAGCACUGUGUUGAAGUUGUUCAAGCUCUAUGUAUGAUGGCGCUUAGAGAAAUUGCAGGGAAGCGCGAUAUGGAAUCCUUUGGCGUCGAUUUGCCCCGGGCAUGGAUGUCGAUUGGCACAGCGACACGGCUGGAGAGUAUCCGUAACCUCUGGAAAAACAAUCCAACCCCAAAUCAGGAACCAGAAGAAGACAACAGAUGUUACUGGAGCAUUUACAUAAUUGAGGCUGUGUUCUUUCCUCACAUGCCACGGGCCACAACCCAUGACCAAGUUCGGAAACAUCCUCCCAGCGUUGAGCCUCCGCCACCGAUCCCCCUCGAUGCAAACGAUUUCAAUGCACCUGACUUCGAUAAUGCCGUUGGUUCAUCUGAAGACCUGGGAAUCAAUACGCACGCCGGAAGAAUGAUCUCAGUCUGGAGUCAAGUUGCUUGCCAUCUCCAUGAAAUCAGAAGUGGAGAGGUUCAGAUACCCUGGCUGCCAGAGUCUACGUACUCCAAGCUCAAUCUUGCUCUUUUUGAGUACGAGGCUCAAUUUAACCAAAGACACCUGAUGAGGAGCCUUUUUCCCUUUAAGAGAACUUCAGAUGAGAUACGGGCAUACCAUCAGUAUUGGAAUCCCUGGUUGACCACGCAUUUAAUAUUGCAUGCAUCCCUCGCCCUAUUAAACCAUCCUUUCAUUCACCUGGUAGCUUUGCGCCGUAACAGAGGUAUGAGUCAGUCCAGACUGUUUUUACAACAAGUCGUGGAUCAGGCUCUCUUUCACUCUGGAUGGGUGUUCUGGCUUGUUGGAAUAUUUGAAGAUUUGAACAUCGAGAUAGCCAACCCCCUCAUCGGGUUAGCUGUUGCAGCAACAUCGACAAUUCCAUGGCUUUACCAAUUUGUGAAAAAUGCCAAGGUUGCUUACAAAGCCAGCCAGAAUUUAGCCAAGGGACAGAGAUUCCUACAACGCCUAUCGAAGACUUGGCCAUGCAUGUCACAUAAACUCGAAAGUCUCCAUCGACUGCAAUCACUUGUCAUUGGAAAGUCGCCCGAAGCCGGUGCUGCUGGUACCACGAUUAACUUUCCACCGUCUAUGAUAUGGGAACUUCUCGACCCAAUCAUUCAUAAUACCAGACUACCCGCUGAUAGGUCAGUCCUACCCACAGACGGUCUCCCUUACGUGAGCAUACAUGUUACAACAGACUUUUUGCAUCCUCUAGCGGAUGACGAAGACGAACAGACAUUGAGUCACUUCAACUGGGAGGACAGUCUCAUGUAUGGGAACGAUCUUCUGCAGGAUAAUUACCCUGCAUCACUUGUUCCCUUUGAUUUCAGUGUCACCUAG